AUGAAGGCGCAUUCUGCGGUUAUGUUUUUCCCUCACUAUAUACCAUCAUCCGGAUAUGGAUCAACUGGCUCACUCUAUAAUCGUUCUCCACAGGGCAAAGUCGCGGAAUUAAGAUUAGAAUUAAAUAGUGGUGGGAAGAAGGACAAGAACCAUGCCGCCAAGAAGAUCGCUUUGAAGAAGAUUGUGGCCAAUAUGACCAUGAGCAACAACGAUAUGGUCGCUCUGUUUCCGGAUAUCGUUGGCUGCAUGCAAAUACAGAGCUUAGAGAUCAAGAAGAUGUGCUUUUUGUUUCUGGUUAACUAUGCUCGUAUGAAACCGGAUGUCGCUGUCAAGGCUCUGCCUACUUUGCAAGAGGACAUCAAUGACACAAAUCCUCUUGUGAGAGCUCUUGCCUUGCGCACGAUGUCGUAUAUCCAUGUUCGAGAUUUUGUCGAAGCCACAGUACCACCCACAAAGCAGCUCCUUCGAGAUGCAGACCCGUAUGUUCGCAAGACGGCGGCUUUCUGUGUUGCAAAAUUAUACGAUCAUGACAGGCAUUUGGUUGAAGGCUCAGAUCUAAUUGACAGGCUGAACUCGAUGCUGAGGGACGAUAAUCCGACGGUCGUGGCUAGUGCAUUGGCAAGCUUAAUGGAUAUCUGGGAGAGGAGUGAUGCCAUAAAACUCACUAUUGACUACGGAAAUGCUUCGAAGAUGGUUCAAAUUCUCCCGGACUGCUCCGAAUGGGGCCAAACAUAUAUUUUGGAAGCAUUAAUGUCAUAUGUUCCACAAGAGUGCUCCGAGGCGUUGUUGCUAGCGGAGCGAAUAUCUCCACGUUUAUCACAUUCAAAUUCUGCAGUCGUCCUUACGUGUAUAAGGGUAGUUCUGUAUCUCAUGAACUAUAUUAAUGAUCAGAAACAAAUUUCGGCAUUAUGUCGGAAGCUAUCGCCUCCUUUAGUCACUUUAUUGGCGAAGGGUCCGGAAGUUCAAUAUCUGGCGUUACGGAAUGCAUUAUUGAUAUUGCAAAGAAGGCCAGAAGUUCUACGAAACGAUAUCCGAGUAUUUUUCUGCAAAUAUAAUGACCCAAUCUAUGUCAAAGUUACCAAACUGGAGUUGAUCUUCAUGUUGGCGAAUGAAAAGAACAUUCAAGAGGUUCUUACUGAAUUGAGGGAAUACGCCACAGAAAUUGAUGUCCACUUCGUCCGCAAAUCAGUACGAGCAAUCGGAAAGCUUGCUAUUAAAAUCGAGCCUGCGGCUAGACAGUGUAUCAAUACGCUGCUAGAGCUAGUGGCUACAAAGGUCACAUAUAUCGUGCAAGAAGCAACGGUAGUGAUUCGAAACAUUUUCAGAAAGUACCCCAAUCAGUACGAGUCCAUCAUUGGUACAUUGUGCGAGAAUCUGGAUUCGCUAGAUGAACCCGAAGCUAAGGCUGCCAUGAUCUGGGUCAUUGGACAAUAUGCCUCUCGAAUAGAAAAUUCUGAUGUUUUGCUUGAAGAUUUCCUCUACUCAUUUGCGGAUGAGCCAGUGGAAGUUCAACUUGCUCUUCUCACGGCCACCGUCAAGCUAUUCAUUCAAAGACCAACGAAAGGACAAGAACUCGUUCCUAAAGUAUUGAAAUGGGCCACAGAAGAUACAGAUAACCCAGAUUUGCGAGAUAGAGGCUAUAUGUACUGGCGUCUGCUAUCCUCAGAUAUGGCUACAGCAAAAGCCAUUGUUAUGGGCGAAAAGCCGCCUAUUACUGCUGAAUCGGAGAAACUCGACCCUGCCACCCUUGAAGAAAUGUGCCUUAACGUUGGGACUCUUGCUACUGUUUACCUAAAACCAGUGCAGCAAGUGUUCCGAUCGGCCCGGCCUCGUCGCCUCACAGACUCGCCUGCUUUACAAAAGCAACAUCUUCCAAAUGCGAAUUUGGAUGCACAGAAAUCGCUUUCCGCAUUUGGAAAUUCUCAGCCUAUAAUGAAGCCCAACGGACAAGGCGAUCUCUCUGCUGCGGUCGAUGCAGCAGAUGCCUUCUUUGCUGGAGUUGGUCAACAAAUGGCAAGUAUGAAUUUGAAUGGGCAAGAUGAAGGAUUUGGUGGUAGUCCUACCGUCGGUCGAAGCGAGAUGCAAUAUGUGGUUAAUCAGAAUGCACCAGAGCAGGUUUAUCAACCUGCUGCAGGACAGGGUUCCAAUGGUGAUUUGCUUAUGUUUAAUUGA